UUUCAGGAAAAGGAGAAGAGAUGACAACGAGAAGGACCACCAAGAUGACCCUCAUUCAAAGAGGAAUAAGAAGGACCAGGCCUUCCAGGACCCUCGCGCUAUAGAGUCUGGAUUUUCCUGGCUGCACACAUUCCUCCUGGCUAUCGCCUAGUUAUUCCACAAGCCUCCACCUUCACUUUUCCUCCUGGACCCAGGGCUCACUGUGGUCUCCGACUCUAGACACCCAUGGAUCCGCUGCAGAAAUGGGAUCCAAUGUCGAUUUCCAUGCCCUCCCGCAUGGCCACUGUGACAAGCUCCCAAGAGGCCUCAGCAGGCUCUCAGCCUUCCUCCUCAGAAAAGCUAAGUCUGGGCCUCAGUGGCUUGAGCCUCCGCCGUAGCCCUGGCUCUGUUGUCCCUGCUCCUCUGUCAGAGGGGCUGCUCCAGCAGCAAGCCCGCGAGAAGAAGGCCCUGUGGCAGCAAUACUGGGAAAAGCAGGGCUUUCCUCAUAGGAAGAAAGUCUUCCUGAGGCACUCAAGACGCUGGCACCGGGAUCACAUGGCACCUUACCUGCUUGAAAGGGCUGUCAAAGGCUCUCCCUCAAGCGAAAAUGCUCAGAAUCAGCUCCCAUGCCAGGACCAUGUUCCAAAUGUUGCUGGGAUGAGUGGAGAGAGGAACACGGCCCCCAACCCUCACUCCUGGGAAACGCUGGUGCAGGGCCUCAAUGGCCUCACCCUCAGCCUGGGAGCCAGCAGACCCAGCCCCUUGCCAGAGGGGACUGGGGGGCAGCUGGAGCCAGAGCAGAUGCUCCCAGUGGACAGGCAGCAGGAAAGCAUGAGGAUGUUCCAGAGGAUGCUCAAGUAGAGGAUGGAAGAAGGCUGAGGAGCUGGCUCCCAGAGGAUGGAGAUGAAAACUGAUGCACAGAGUGCGGACGGCCAGCUCAGGGGCCGGGACUCUUCUGAGGUCUAGGCAAUCAGUUGCCUUGGAUGAGUCCAAACACUUGUGCUAUGACCGAAUUUGUCCUAGGAAAGGCUUCAACUUUCCUCCUUAUGUCUUUUAGCAUGCCUUUUUGGGUGUGGUGGUGUGUGUUAGCCGUUACAAAAGAAAAGUGGGAACCAGAGAUCCCUGAACCUCCAUGUUGUGAUUCAUACACAAAGAGUUUUCACUCAUUUUCCUGGGAAUAGAAUGCCCCCACCUUCCUGUUAAAAAAACCAACAUCAUGUGUGUUUAUAUAUCUAUAUAUAUGUACAUAUGUAUAUAUAAGACAGAUGCAUAUCUUCUGUAUGCCUUCUUAAUGUCAGUUUAUUGAGUGCCCCCACAAAAGGAAUUACAGGUAUGAUAGGUAUGAUGAGAUCCAUGCUCUGGAUAGGAGAGACUCAUUGACUUGCAGCGUUCAAAAUUUGACGUAAGGGAAUGCAAGCUCAAAGCAAGUACCUAAUGCAUUAUAUUGGGUAGAGCAUCCAGUAGUGUGAACCUACAUAGAAGAAGAGAAGAUUCCCUCUUAGCCAUACCAAAUGCUGGAUCUCUGGAAGAAUUUCCAAUGUGUUCACUCAAUUACAUUUCUAGCAAUGUUGAUUUGGAAUUGCAAACCUGUGUAUCACACCCCCACCCCACACAUGUCUCUUCAUCUGAUUAAGACAUAAUUGAAGGACACCAGGCAGGUCAGGAAAGGCAUAGUUUCAUGUAGAAGAGAAAGCAAAGAGACAAGUUUGACUAUGCAUGCUGGGGUGGACAUGGAAAGACUCAGGAGGGGGUAUGGACUAUACUGCAGGAGGGUCCGCGUGGAAUCGUCAUAGUGCUAGACAUUGCUGAUCAAUAUUGUUAUCACCAGAAUGUGGUGAUCAUUGGUGAAUGUGUGUGGGGACUGACUUCAUGACUUUUCCAGUAAUGCCACUAUAAAUAUCCAUGACCUGGGUAUGCCCAUGUUAUAGACUGGAAGCUGGAGAGGCCACUUUGCCCUCAAGUUUGCUGUUAUUGGUCAAGAUCCAGCAGUGGCAAGUUUGUAUGUGUUUAUUAGUUAUUAGCUUAUUAUUGGGGUUCUGUACACUCUGUUCUUUUUAGCUGCUAAAAGCCUCUGAUGAUGAUGGGGAAGGCUGAAUGUACCCCUUGUUGAAUUGAUCAGAGGACCAGCCUUUCAGCUGCCUAUAUGCCACACAGGUGGGGUGGCGUGGAUGUGGCCUUAUUCAAAUGAAAAUGUUGCUCAUUGCUCCAGGCUGCUGCCUAGCAACCACUCUGCAGCAGUCAGUAUGUACCUUUGGAAUGGUAGAGGAAGCUAUUGGAGGCCUGAAAACACAUCCCUAUCAGCCAUUAUGGGGUGCUCUGGCAGUUUUGAGGGCAAAGGCUUCCUGGCAGGGUAAAUCUUGUUCCUGUGCAUUUGGCCAUGAGAGACAGAGCCUGCUGUCUACUGGGGAACAGAGGGAAAAUCUGUAAGAUGUGUCACUUGCUUUACUGUUUGUCCUUCCUUCUCACAUGCCCUGUGACCUGCAGUCCCUGGACAGGGCACCUGUAUCUCUGUCUGAUCAGAGGGAUGUGUCAGGGUGUACUAGGUAUUUUCACUUGCCGGACAUUGAACUGAUUUGCUCUACUCAAGUCUGUGGCAUCCUGUUCUGCUUGUACCGGACAGCUUGAAAUGCUCUGUUCCAAAUGUGUAAACAUGUUCUUUUCUAUGA